GGGUGGUGCUAUGGCUCCGGCCAUAAAGGAGCUGUCCAGGUGGCUGGAUGCCAACUCAGAGUACUAUGUAGCUCCAGACUGGGCUGACGUGGUCAAACACUCUGGUUUCCUCCCUGAGGGUCAGUUCUCUCGGAUCCUCACAGAGCCAGUCAACAGAGACUUGGGCUCUCGGCGUCGAGGGCGACGGCCUCGCAGCGAGAUGCCCAAACCCCUCCUCUCCGUCUCUGACUCCGCCUCCUCUGCUCUCGGCCCCCCUCUCUACAUGAAUGGAGGGUUGAUUGGCAGCAUGGACUCCAUGGUGGCCAUGCAGAACCUCCGGGGGGGGAUCUCAGGGAUCCCCAUCUCGGGCAUCAUGGCUGCUGGAUUCCCUCACGGCUUCUCUGCAGCGGUGCAGGCUGGGGGGGCCGGGGGGUCGGCAGAAGACGCCAAGAAUGGGUUGAGUAUGUUACCCAUGAUGCUCCACGGCAUCCCUCACCCCCAUGGGGCUGGGAUCCCUCAACACGCCUUGUUCAGUGUCGGCGCGAUGAUGGCGCGCACCCCUCACCCCAGCUCCUCCUCUUCCUCCUCGCUGUCCGCCGCAAAGGUCACCACGACAACCGCACCGUCUACAUCGGAGGCGACCAGCCCCUCAUCGACCACGCCUGCCGACAGAGAGAGCAGCGGCCCCUCCAGCUCAGGGGGAGAGAAGGAGAGGAGCCAGGAGGAGAGAGAAGCAGCCAACAAGAGAGCAGGGCUGGGGGAGACGGCGGCCAUCAUCACUUCCACCAGCAGGGCCCACAUCGGAGCUGCCCACCUGGGGGGGGGCAGCCAUCUCACCUUCAACCCCUUCCUGAUCCCCGGCAUGUCCCACGGCCUGCUUUACCCGCACAUGUUCCUCCCCCAUGGGGGCAUCAUGGCGCUGCCCGCCAUGCCCCCCGGAGCGGGGGACGGCUCCCCCGGCAGCCCCAAGAGGAGGAGGAAGAGGGGGAGGGAGGAGGGGGAGAGGGAGGAGGAGAGGGAGAAGGCAGCGAAGGUAGAGGAGACAGAAAGUACAGUUAAGGCUAACGUCUCCUCCCCCCCAGCCUCCUCCUCUUCUCCAUCCAUCCCCUCUACCUCGGAUCCAGACCCCACUGAACAGCCCCAGGAACCGGACUCCCAUAACCCCCCCGAGGGAGCAGCAGCAGAGGGGAAGGAGGAGAGAUCGGAGGACACAGCAGGAGAGGCAGCGGAGGAGGAGGAGCAGCGGGACCCUGAGGAGCAGAGACAGGGGGAGGAGGCGUAGAGGGGGAGAAACUGUCUCCUCCAUGCCCAGCGACUGAGCAACAGUGUAAAGUUUGUGCCGUGUCUGUCAGUCAAUGUCCAUGUAAAGACUUUUAUUAUGAUGAUGACUAAUGAUGAUGAUUAUAUCCAACUUGGUUAUGUUUAUAUACCAAGACCCCACCCACCCUCUCCACUCCCUCCUUGUAUACAAAAAAGAACUGUGUAAGAAACCUCUGUGUAUUCUUCCCCUUCAUUCUGCAUCGAGACUCGUCAGGACAUUUCUCAACACACACCCACACACACACUGCAGGCAAGAUGUGGUAACCAAGGAGCAGCUUUGGCAGUAAUGAUCCGGUUAUAAGUAGAAGGUGGUGUGACGCAGAGUUUAGUUUGGUGUGUUUGCGCGGAGGUGGCUCUGUAAAGUGUAAGAAUCUCUCACCACAGUUUGGGAAUUAAGAGAAGCACUUGUGUAUCUUUUUGUUUAAGGUCCAAACCUGACCCUGUCUUGUUAUUUUCACUUCUGCCACAGUCCACUUAAUACAUUUUGGGGGAUUAUAUCUGUGCAAUGUUCAAAGACUAGAUGAACCUGGAAGUGUGUCUUUGUGACACUGAAGAGUCUCAACCAGCAUUCCCAGACACAUGUGACACUAAAACACCUUUUCUUUUCAAUACUAAAGGAACACUCUGAUAAACCCCUUUAUGCAAGAACUAAUCUACCUAAAAAACAAAGUGUGGCCCAAAACCUUUUCAGAGUAUAGCCCUUUUGAAUAUUUUCAAUUAUCGCAAGUGACCCAAAGAACAAAAUGACAUUUGGGAAAGCUGCCUAAUUAUAAAAAAAAACAUUUGUUUCUGUUAUGUUUAACUCAAAUUUAGCUAAUUGUGACUGUAAUAUUGUCAAAAAAGUCACAAAACCAGUGAGUUUAAUAUUACCCAGGCAUGGAUGUUGUAUCUUUGUGUAAGAUAGCAUUAUCAGCCAACCCCCCCUUCCCAUUUGAAAUACUGUCAGUCAUAUUUCUUUUUUGCUAUUAUCAAUGCUAUGGCGUUGCUGCUACAACUUCUUUUGAAAAAGGGGUUGAGAGAGAGUUCAAUGUUCUUUACUCUUCACACUAAUGUAAUAAUCCAGAUUCCUAGAAGUGCAACAGAUAUUCAUAACAAGAACUCCAACUUCUGCUUUUACUGAUAAAAGCAGAGAACAAUCAUGAGAUUAUUCCUUUUUUAAUUUCUUUUUAGAUCAUUUUAUUAUCUUAAUUCUCAGACACAAGGUCACUUUGAGAGAACUGCCCAUCAAGUGUGCAGGAACAUGAAAGAAAUGUCAAAGUGAAGAGCGGAGUCUGGCCACUAGGGAGCGGUAGGAGGUAGAUUUUAUUCUAAACUGCAAAUGAUUGAGAAAUGAAGACAUUUCUUGUUUUAAGCCCUGAGGCUGCUAACAGUAUAUAUAGUCACAAAUGGAGUGGAUCCAAAUCAUUGACCGUGUGCUCAUCAGGAAUAGUGUAAAAAUGACCUGUAGCAACUCACCUCUGUUUACUUCUUAAUUCUGUGAUCAGAAACAUGUGAUCUGUCGACCAUCUGAGCAUCGAAAGGGAAUAUCCAGUUUUACAGAUAAAACAGGAAGAGGAAGGAUACAAGAGGUGUGAAUCGCCCUGGUUGAGAGCCUCUUCGUCUCGUUUCUUUUCCUCGGAUUAGUUUCAAUAGCAGUUCAUCAUAAGAGUUUCUGAAUAUGUAAAUCUCUCGCUGUAUAUUGCAGGAUUUUAUUUUCUUUCUUUAAGUGCACCAUUUAUUUUUUCACCUUUGCUUUUGUUCCUCCAUUUGGGAAAAAGAAUACUUGACAGAUGCAAGUGGGAGUUUUGCAUUGAGGUUAGUCCUAGUGUUUUGGGUAUCAAACAGACUGUACAUUACAUAGAUGCAAGUCACUUGUUUUAUUCAAUCUUUUCAGAACAGGGUCUGCAUUUUGGGGGUUAUAUGUCAAAUAUUUCCGUUUUAUGAUGUUGGACUUCACUUUGUUUUGUUUUCAUACAUGAAAACAUUAUUUUUGCACAAUGUCUUUACGUGAAUGUUAACCUGUACUGUCUUGUAUUUCUUUUACGUGUGUGAGAGUGUGUGUGAGAGAGUGUGAGUCUGUGUGCAUGCAUGCGCACACCUGUCGUCGUGUUUCUACUUACAGGUCACAUUUGUUGUCAAAAAAAAAAACAUAGUUGUUGCCUUGUCACAUGUUUGUGGCUACAUAUAAUUUAUUAUAUUUUUCUUUUUGCUUCGCCAAACUUUCACCAAAUAUGACAUUCUUUUUUCUCUUAAUUUCAUUAUGUAUUAUUCAAAGUAAACUGCCUUAUUUAGCUAGUAUUUUUUGUAUUGAUGUUCCGUUACAUCUCCAUAUAGGGACAUGUUAUUGUGUUGUCUUCAGUUUGUCCUUCGCUUGUAUGCGUACACGGCCUUUGGUGUUGUGCAUUAUCUUCAAAAUCCAACAGUAAUGCAAUGCUACCACUGUCCAAAUCACUACGUUAAUUCCCAAAAAUCAAUCAGUCCUCCCUCAAAGCACAAAUGGAGAGUUAACUAAAUGUGUCUGUUUUCUUAGCAGUGCCUCUAAAAUUACUCUAAAUAGUUUCUCUUUUUGUGGUCUACACUUUAUCAUCCUCGGGAAAAUGAGAACUCUUUCUUGGAUUUCAUUUGCAGAUGAUACCAUGCUGUUCGUUAAACGGGAAUUGUGGAAUGUGAAAACAUUUAUUCAUAAGAUAAUCAUGGUGCAUAAAAAAUCGGACCGCACUAACACUAGGCUAUGCUAUCAGGGAUGCUAUGGAUGUGCGUCAAGGAAUUGUGGGAGGCCAUUAUCUCCUUUUCUUUUGUAAAGUACGGUCCGAAGCCCGUUACCUCAAAAUGUAGAUAAUAGAGUGGUGUAGUAAUGAGUCCUUAAAACCCGGGUUUAUUUGUCUCAAAAUCAAUAAUUUUGUGGACGUGAUUUUGGCAAGAUGCUUGAAAACGUUUUGUUCAACAACAUAAAAUACGUGAGUAAACACUCCACUCCUGAAUGUCCCAAGCUUCGAUGUGUCAUUAGAAUGGCGGUUGCUAACAAGACACUAAAUAAACGACAAAACGUCAUCACACCGAAGAUUAGCCGCCUUUAGCUUAGCAGUGGUGAUGUACAGACCUUGGUGUAGUUUGUUUAUCGUCUUACGUUAGCUUUUUAUUUCUGCAGAUUUCAUUUACGCUUCAAAAAACACAAAUUGGUGUUGAUCUGUGGAAACAAUCCUGUUGAAAAAAACAGCUUCAAUAUAAUAAACGUGCGUUGGCAAGAAAGCUCUUUUUGGAAAUGGAAAAAUCCCAUUGCUUUUUGUAGAGGGAGCCCUAUUGGGAUGCUAACUUCCGUGUCACGUACUAAAAUCCAUCAUCACCACACCACUCUAUUCUACCAGCUAUAACCAUGGCUGCUACUUACUGUACUGUAGAUUGUUCCGGAUCUUUUCGAACAGUAAUCUAAUACAAGAAUACUUUUUGAGCGCAACCUGUGACAUUGUUCUCUUGAAAUUUCAAAAACUGUACAGAGUUAGUUCUCCCCCUCUGGUGAACAAUAUUAUUACCAGUUGAUUGGUAACAACAACAUUCUGUAAUUUCCCUUUAACGAAGGCUAUUUAAUCCCAUAGCGUUCUCUCACUGCACGAGGCCUUCUGUUUGGCAUCCAGCAUGUCUAGGAUGGUAUUGCACACACAGUACAUAUCCAGUUUUUGAUUGUUCUGUGUUUGUCCAGAUUCUUUGGGAAAAAGCAUCAGAAGAGGAAACAAUUGGUUACUUAUGACACCUAAAGUAUCUUAACUUUAAAAGCCGCAGCCCAUGUAUGCACAUCAUUUCCUGUUACUCACAUGUCCUCGUGUGAAAACCUGAAGCAAAGGUAUGUGACAGCAGGUGGAGGUCGAUAGAUGGCUCUGUAUUGUCUGUUCAUGUCACACCAUGCCUUCUUUAACAGUGUUCUAUCUUUUCAUUGAAAUCCUUUUACUCCUUCAGAACCUCAAAAUGUUUUUUAUCUCUUAUCAUGAGUAAUGUAUUUAUUGUAUAGUUACUGUCUUUACAUUGUUGUCUCAUGACUGAAUAAUGGCUGGUUUUGUUUCUCUUGAACGUCCCCUUUAAAAAAAACUUUUGGUUCACAUGGAAAAUUCCUCUGCUUUGCUUUGUAGCCCUGGCCACCUGCUUUUAAAUGCAAUGACUCCGUAAAAAUACCUAAUAUCAAAAUCGCGGAACUAAGCGAAAUAAUAAUCCGUUGGUCCAAAAUUAUAAAAUGACCACGUGACUGCAUUUCAAGAACAAAUGACUGAACCAUCAGCUUCAGAAACUAUACCUGAACAAGAAAGCAAGCUUAGAUAAAAGAAAAAAUCCUUUUUAUUUACGCUGUAUUAAAAAUAAAAAUAAAACUGGAUUGUUAAUCAUGUAGUUUUAGUUUCAGAGUCGUCAAUUUGGUAAAACAUAUUUACAACAUCCAUACAAACGAAAUGAGAGGACAGAUGCUGGGUUGCGUGGCCUGAUGUGUUUCAUUUCCUUUUCAUCAGAUCUAAAAAGUGUGUCCUUUAAAAAUGAGGAUCCUGGGGAAAUAUUUCAUGACCAUGUCGUCUUUGGCUGUUGCUCAACUGGGACCCAAACAUUCAUUUGCAAAUGACAUGAUCAUGAAAAGAAUAAUGUGAAUGUAGCCAGGUCAUGUGAGGGGGGAAUCCAAACACACUCCAUAAAGCUCAACAAAAAAAAAAGAAAGUCCUUUAUGUUCGGUCUUAUUCAUUACAGGCUGGUUUCACAGAUACUAAACAACUUUCUUAAAAGCAGAAGUGAAAACAUAACAGUCACAGCUUCUGGAUUUAUCCCACUCAUGUUGUAGUUUUAGACUACACUAAACUGUAAAUCCCUCUAAAGAAAUAAAUAAAAGCGUGACAAAGGGGCUGCCUAAAUAAAUUAAUAGGUUCAUAAAAAUGAAAUCAAAUCAAACUACUAUGACUCUUUUUUUGCAUCCAUCCUUUUAGGACAGAUUAUUUUUCUGAGGCAUGCUCAAAAGAACCAAACACUUAAAAAACAGAUCUUUGUGAAUGAAAGCCAGAAGUAUAAAUGUGCAGGUUCAGACAGUUGAUCAGAAAGGCAAAUGAAUGAGAACUUUACCUCCACCUCCCAACUCAUGUCUGUGAAGCCACCCAGCUCAAUGUAACAAACAAAGGACGAGUUGAAAAAUUUGACUUUUCACAGCUCCUGUACUCACGUCAUGGAACCAAGUGCAAUGCAAUCCACACGGAUGUUGUUCUUAAAACGGAAGAAAAGACAAAUACUGGCUGCUCCUGGAGUCAGGCCGUUACUGAGUAAGUUGUACGGUGGGGUUUUUAUCUAGUUUCUUUCUUUUAUUUUCUUAUUUGUAACUAUAGCUCUCUGUAUUCCCAUGUGGACCAAUCUCAUGAGUCAAAACAUGGUAAUUGUGAUCUUUUAUCGUGCAAUAAAAGAUGACUUUCAACUUUC